AUGCACUGAACCUUCUGAUUGAUGAGAUCAUGCAAGAGAAUGCCGAGGAGAAGCCGUUGCCGAUUUUUCUGAACCCACCCCGGAUAAAGAACUCAAUGGGGAAAGGUCACUACUUGCUGAAGGAGAUGAGAAAAUUUCUUCAUUGAGUGAAGAAGAGGAAAAGAGAAAGCCUUUAGUCUCUGUUGCUGAUAUUGAUGAGGUAAUGCGAGACAACAUUGAUGAUGCCCAUGAGGCCUGCUCAACUGAGGAAUUAAACAGGGAGAGACCACAGUUAGUUGAAGGCGACUCGAAAAUUUACUCACUGCAGGAAACAUUGGCCGAAAAAGAUGACAAAGUAUCCUCAUUGGAGCAAGGGUUACUUGGAAAAGAAGGAGAAGAUAAAGUUGAUGUACCAGAUGAUAUCAUGCAAGAAGAAGUUGAAGACAAGCCCAUAGAGCUUGAUGGGAUACAUCCGUCUGAGCAACUAGAUGAGGAGAUUCCACAAUCGGGUGAAGACGUUGCGAAACUUUCCUCAUUGCCAGCAGAAUUUGUUGGAGAAAAAGAGAAAGAGCCCAUAUCUGAACUUUCAGUCUCCACUGCGGCUGUCAAUGAGAUUAAGCAUGAAAAAGUUGAACAAGAGCUCUCAGAAGAGCAAUUGAAAGAGGAGACAGCAGCAUCAGCUGGUAAAAGCACCGAAGUGUCCUCAUUGCAACAGGAACAGAUUGACGAAGAUAAUAAAAUUUCAGCUCUUCCAGAAGAUUCAGCUGAAAAAGACGAAAAUGUUUCAUCGUUGAAAGAAGAAUCAGCUGAAAAGGAUCAGGAAGAAUCAGCUGAGAAAGAAGAGGAUGAUGAGGUGGAUACUGAUGAAGGGGGCCCGGCAAAGGCAGCUGGAAGAAGGACAGGGUCAAAGCAGAAGCGUGGUCGCCCUCAAGUGGCUAAUGGGAGAAGGACAAGGGCACCAUCAAAGCCAAAGGAGGAUGAAGAAUUGUGCUUCAUUUGCUUCGAUGGUGGAGACCUUGUGGUCUGUGAUCACAGGGGUUGCCCGAAGGUGUAUCACCCUUCAUGUGUUAACCGGGACGAGGAGUACUUCAAGGCGAAGGGCCAGUGGACCUGUGGUUGGCAUAUAUGUAGCAGCUGUCAGAAAUCUGCCCGAUACAUGUGCUAUACUUGUACAUACUCUUUAUGUAGAGGGUGCAUAAAAGAAUCAGACUUUGUCUGUGUUAGAGGAAAUAAAGGUUUCUGCAAGGAGUGUAUGAAAACAGUGAUGCUGAUAGAGAUGAAUAAGCAUGCAGAUGACACAAUGGGUGUUAUUGAUUUUGAUGACAAAACUAGUUGGAUGUAUUUGUUUAAGGACUAUUGGGUAGAUCUUAAAGCAAAGCUAUCUUUGACAACUGAGGAACUGAUUGAGGCUAGAAAUCCAUUGAAGGAAACAAAUACAAUAUUUGGCAAUGAAAAACAUUUAAAUAAAAAGAGAGCAGCCAAGUGGAAUGAGGAACCUCUAGAGAACUCUGGUAAUGCUAGUGAUGACCAGGGAGGAAGUGCAUCCAGCUCUUCCAAGCGUUAUAAAGAAAACGCUUCUUUGAGGAAGAAAGUGAAAAAACGGUCAAGGAACACAACCAACAGGGAGGAUCAAGUAAAAAGAGCUGGCACUGGACAAAUUUCCAAUUCUGAGGACAUUGAAUGGGCUUCAAAGGAGCUGCUCGAAUUUGUUGAACACAUGAAAGAUGGUGAUAGAUCUGUCUUGUCCCAAUUUGAUGUUCAGGCUCUUCUUCUUGAAUAUAUUAAACAAAAUAAUUUACGCGAUCCUCGUAGAAAAAGUCAAAUUAUUUGUGACUCAAGGCUCUGGGCUCUCUUUGGAAAAUCACGUGUUGGACAUCUUGAAAUGCUGAAGCUUCUUGAACCACAUUUUCUUAUAAAGGAGGCCUCACCGAUUGUGACAGAUGAUAAUCAAGGAGGUGUUGUAGAUCCGGAGCCCAGUCAAACUGAUGCUGACGGAAACAGCGAUGCAUCCACAAAGAUUUCAGAUUUAAGGAGAAAACCACGUAGAAGGGUAGAAGAAAAGGGGCUGAUGAAUCCUGAUGAUUAUGCAGCGAUAGAUGUUCAUAAUGUCAGUUUAAUGUACUUACGUCGUAACUUGAUGGAGGAUUUCCUUGAUGACGAUGAUACAUUUAAGGAGAAUGUUGUUGGAGCAUUUGUAAGAAUAAGGAUUUCUGGUUCUACUUCAGCUAAGGAUAUGUAUCGGCUAGUGCAAGUUGUCGGGACUGGCAAGGCAGCAGGAAAAUAUAAGACUGGUAAGAAGACAACAGAUAUCACAUUGGAGAUAUUAAAUUUAAACAAGAGAGAGGUUAUAACGAUUGAUCUGAUUUCAAAUCAGGAGUUUACUGAGGAGGAGUGUGAACGCUUAAGACAAAGUGUGAAAUGUGGAUUUAUUGAUCGACCAAAAGUGGCUGAAGUUCAGGAGAAGGCAAGGGCUCUUCAUACUGUGAGAGUCGAUGACUGGCUCGAAAGUGAGAAGGCACGGCUAGGUCAUCUCCGUGAUCGUGCUAGUGAAAAAGGUCGCAAAAAGGAGCAUAGAGAAUGUGUAGAGAAACUUCAGCUUCUGAGCACUCCUGAGGAGCGUAUCAGGAGGCUAAAUGAAGUUCCUGAAAUUCAUGUUGACCCAAAUAUGGAUCCAGAUUAUGAUUCCACUGAGGAUGAAGAGGGUCAAGAUGCCAAAAGAGAAGAUAACAAGAAGCAGAAACCUUAUUUCAAGGGUAGAGAUGAGUUUUCUAUGGGAAGAGAAGGUUUUAAUGCACAUAAAAAUUCACUUGCAGCAUGGGAUUCGAACAGAAAUACAUCAAAGGCAGGAGUUCAGGGCAUAGUUUUACCUACCGUUCAAGCUGAUAGAACAUAUGGUUUCUCUAGGAAUCAAGGAAAUGAUGCUCACUCAGUCAGCAGUCCCAAAACUCCAAAAAAUGAGCCAAAUGCAACUGGUAUGGAUGCUGUUCUUCUGAAAAAUGCUCAGCCUGUUGCAGAACCCGGACAGGCGCGUGGCCUUACUUUUGAAACUGUGCCACAGCAGGCAAAUAUUGUGUCAUCUAGCACUAGUGAAAAUGAAAAGAUGUGGCACUAUCAGGAUCCAGCAGGUAAAGUACAAGGGCCAUUUUCAAUGACACAGUUGAGGAAGUGGAAUGCAAGCAAAUUUUUCCCAGCUAAUUUGAGGAUAUGGAGAUCAUCUGAGAAGCAAGAAGACUCUAUUUUACUGACUGAUGCACUUAGUGGGAAGUUGCAGCCUACAAAUGCAACAGCUAUGUUAGGAUCUAGGGCAAACAACAUGGAUGGAUCUGUGAGAGAAAAUACUAUUCUUCAGGCUGUUGCAAGUUCGCCUGCUACUGAUAAUUACAACUUGGUAAACUCUGAUAAGUGGACCGCUCAUCCAUCUUCCUUAUCCGUGACCAAUACAGGAAUGGCUAGUAAUCACAUGGAUGGGAGGCCUGCAGCAUCUUCAACAGGAUGUGAGUCAUCAAAGAUUUAUAAUGCCUGGCCUGACCAAUCCCAAGCAUGUAACGCUCCCAGACCAAUAAAUCCAUCUUCCAGAAAUUUGUCUCAGCAGACAUCUUUCCAUGGAAGAGAUGGUCGAGGAGAAAAUACUGGUAGAUGGAGUAGGGAUCGGAGUUGGCAAAAUAAUUGGAAUUCAAACAGGCAUAGGAGGUUCCAGCCAAAUGAUCGAGCUUAUGAAAGGCAGCAUCCUUAUCAAAGCUCAUCACGCCAGCAGUAUCGUGGUGAACAAUGGAAAGGGCAGCCUGCAAAUGACUCCUCAAAACAAUUGGGAAAUGGGUCGUUUAAUCCCCCUGCUAAUGCUCCACAGCCAAGCAACAUUGACUGGGCGAGUCUUCAGGGUGCUUUGAACAGAAUUUCAGCUUCUGUGCAGCCUGCAUGCUCUGGCCUGGGAAGUGACUUGCAGCAAUCUCCUGCUAAUGUAACUUCGUCGACACUGAACUCUGUUGGAGGAUGGGCUUCAAGUGCUAUACCUUGUGUCAAUCUUGCCAAGACCCCGGAGAACAUAGGCGUCUUGAGCGACUUUCAGCAGCAGAACAAGCUCACUGAAUCAGCAGUAGCUACUUCUGCGAGUCAUGCAGUUUAUUGUGGUUCCAAUGCCACUGAGUCUAUGGACAGAUCAAACAGGAGGCAGGGGUUGGAAAGUAGCAGUUCCAAUACAAAACCACACAGUGAGCAGGCAUCUGUUGAUGUUCUAAAUUCUGAAAGUAUUCAACCAGCCAAUCCUCAGAAUGAUACAGAUGAUCAUACAAUACCUAUGAAUGAACUCGAUGCCAAUAUGAAGUGCCCUGGAGCACAUGAUAGAUCAAAUCCUGAAAACAAACCUGUCAACAACACUGUAGUAGGUCCUGCUUCUGUUGCUCCAAAUGCUUUAGGAUCUUCAAAUUUAUCUGAUGCUUCUGUUGCUGUCGAGAAAUUAGAAGCUUCAAGUUCCAGUGCACCUUCUUCAGCUCACCAACAAGGGUCUAACAGUCUAAGUACUAAUGCUGCUCAACCUGUAAACAUUGGUUGGGGAAUGGCUCAGCAGAAUUCAAACCCUGGUACAGGAACAGGACAGGAAACAGGACACUUGGUUCACGCAGCAAUCCCGGGUGCUGCAAAUAUGGGCUGGGGAAUGGUUACACCUGGACUCGUGAAUAUUGGGUGGGGCCCGCCAGCUCAGCCAACUAUGAACCCAAACCUAGGUUGGGCAAUUCCAACGCAGGGAAAUGUAAAUGCUAAUUUGGCUUGGGGAGCACAGGCAAUGGCAAACCCUAAUGCUGGAUGGGGAAUGCCAAUGCAGGUAAAUCCAGCAGCAGUUAAUCCUGGUUGGUUUGCACCUGUCAUUGGGGGUGCAAACCCAAGUCCAUCUUGGGUUGCACCAACAGAAGGAAAUACAAAUCAGAAUGCUGCUUGGGGAACACCUGUGCAGGGAACUGGACAAGGAAGUAUGAAUGGUGGUGCUUCAAAUCAGAAUGGCGGUGGCGAGGGAGAGCAGAGAGGAAUUUGCAACUUCCACAGACAUGGGUACUGCAAGAAAGGAGCCUCGUGCAACUAUAUCCAUUCCUGAGCCGAUGUGAAGGUAAAAGAUGCAAUUUUUGUUCCGUGGUGUACAGUUGUUUUCUUGUUUUAGCAUGCGAACACACUAAGAUUGUGUAUCUCUGCAAGAUGGCUGUGGUGUCAUCUCCUGUGGACCUUUAUGCAGUUACUAUUGAAUGUACAGUCUUUGGAUUCCUUUGAAUUGAUAUCUAAAAUUGGGGGAGACUGUGCUGCCUUCAA